GGUUAUCUCUACAUCAUCCGCAAUCCUGAAGACCCAAGUCUCUUGAAGCUAGGCUGCUCGAUGAACAGCUGGAAACGCGCAAAGCAGCACAAAUCAAAAUGCGGUCUGAUGAUAAGCUGGGUAUACAUCUCAAACUGCGUGGAGAAGAUGAAGCGCGCAGAGAGGCUAGCCAAGAUCGACAUGGCUCAUCUGCAAGAAGACUGGAAGUGUUCAUUGUGUUCCGAAACGCACAGGGAGUGGUUCUGCGUCGACGAAGCGCAGGCGAGGAAAGUGGCGCAGAAAUGGACCGAGUGGAUCAACGAGCAAAAGCCGUAUGCGAGCAGCGGCGAGCUGACGCCCCUGUGGGCCUGGCUGAUGGAUUUUGGAAGGGUGCCUCGUCACGGCUUUGAACAAGACGACCAUAGGGCUAGAUGGGCGCACUGGGACGGCGUUCUCCUUGCAGCCUCGCGUGCAGACCGGAAGAAAUUCGACAGCCAC